UAGAAAUACUUUUCACAUUUGGUGUAAAUAUUGUUUCAAUAGAAGAAAACAAAUGUACGGCGCGCUAGGUGGUCUUACGUCUAUUUAUCUAAAACCGAGAAACCGGUGAAAUCGAGAUUCGUCGAAUCCCUCUUUGGUGAUGACACGAUACGAUGAUCAAGAAUUUUUUCCCAUCGUAUUCGUUUUUUUAUUUUCAGGAUCUACGCAGCGAAGAAGCAAUAACGCGACUGACUCCUACACCAUUUUUAUAUGUCCACAUAUUCUGUUACCUUUUAAGGUACAACGACACUAGCCAAUUGCUAGUCGAUAACGAUUAAAUGCGCGUAGUAUGCGGUCAUUGGAAAGGUGACGUCAAUUUAACCCUCUUCCAGUCGAUUAACCGAUUGUUACGAGCAAAGCCAGCCCCUCAUCACCGUAAACUCGAACUUACGAAGAGAAAAAUGACGUCAGGCUGUUCAUGUACCUUGACAUUUCUCACGUCACAGCUAACUUUUCUCUCUGCCGCGUUUCCGAACGAGAAACAAUGCGCCCCCGCUAUGUUCGCCCGUCGUUUCAACCGAAGCAGAAAACCUCGAUCGACGUUUCUCGCAAUUUCGGGAAUCGUUUAAAAUAAACUCCACCCCUGGCCCCUUCUUUUACCCUGCCUCGGCAAAUCGUUAUGAUCGAUCUAUUUGGAUCGUACGACCGUUGAAUAUUCUUCGGUAAUCGUUAACGUAAGGUAAACAAGAGAGCGGCCAGACGUUUCGCGACAUCCAAACACACCAGCCGUUCGAACGCGGCAAUAGGUGAAAUCGUAUCGGUAACAAUCGGAUAUUCGUUGAAAGCGUUUCGUUUUCAACGAUUCUUAAAUUAGUCGUUGCUCAACGGUGAUUCGCGUGCCGACGCGUGGUUUAACCGCGUGUGUUGGUAACGCGUUCGUUUUCAUCUCGAAACAGAGAAAACCGAAAAUACACGGGGUUUGACGUAGAAAGCAAAGUUUCAAUGUAAGCAAGCAACCAAGGAAAAUCGAUCUCGUAUUUGUUUCUUUUUGCCUGUACACUCGAGGAACCGUGGCUCGAACUUCGCCGGACUCUAGGAACAGCUCUAAUUUCGUCAAAACACCUUGCGAUCUAAUUCUACCCGACCGUACGUCGUCGACUCGUUUCUCUUUCUGCGUAUUUUCUUGCUCAUUUUUCUUUUCCAAUUAAAAUGAGCCGUGAAGCGAUCCCGAGAAGAGCCGCGCUCUCGUUCACCGCACUCGGCGGUAUUUUGGACAUGGAUCAAAUUAUGGAAAGCGAUACGUGGCAUGAUAUCAACAGAUUCAUGCAACAGAAUUUCAGGCAACAAGUGUUGAAACAAUUGAGCCCGGAACGCGUCGCAGAAGGUGAUGAACACAGCGGAGAAGAUCGAAAGACGUCAUCUUCCAAGAAAUCUCGUGCGAAAGGAAAAAGUCAAGAGGACGAGGAAAAGUCGACGGAGACGAAAGAGGACGGAGGUCAAGGGUCACUGGAAAAUGAAAAAAACCAAGGGAAAGGGAAGAAGGGUGCUAGCCAGAAACGAAUCGUAGAUGGUAAAGGCAAAAAGGAAGGUAAACAAAGGAGGGUUCCGAAGGAAAAACCGAGUAAAACUUCAAAGGCGUCAAACAAUCGGCAGAAGGUUGAAAACGUUUUGAAACCGAACGCUAAGGUAAACUCAAUCUCGAAACCGACCAGGAAGAAGGCGGCAAGUGCCGCUAAAGAUACGCAAGCCGCAGGUACUGAAACUGUAAACGUAAUAACAAAUAAAAAUGAAACGAUGAUAAGCACUUUAGGAAGCAUAAACUCACAGCUGCCCGUCAAUACUAGCACGCCGAAGAGCAAACGCGCGCAAGUUAACGAUUUAAUAGGGGAAAAGGAAGCAGAAAAGAACGCGUCAGGGUUGAAAAAGGCUCCCUUCUCGGCGGACGCUUCUUCCAAGAAAUGUCGUGCGACGGAGAUUUGUCCGAGAAAAGAUUUGAGUAAAAGGAGGGAUGAAGUUACAGCCGGGAAGAAGAAAAACACAAAUGCGUCCGUAAACUGCGAAACUGAGAAGACUAAAAGGAAAAAGGAAAACAAAGAACCCCCAAGUUCGAACGCGGGAAAACCACUGAAAUGUAGCAAGCAAGAGGAGAAAAACACCGAGACAGGAAAGAAGAAGAUCGGAAAGCACGAGCAACGGCUGAUCGAAAAGCGGAAAAGACGAGAGGAGAGAAAAAUCAAACGCCACGAGAGAAACGCGGAAAAAGCCAUGAAAGCAUUCGCGCAUCACGUAACAAAGAUUGUUACGAAAAUGGGAUACCUGCCAGACAGCGGUUCAUACCCGAUGGACGAUUCCGAUCUUUCCGACGAGUAUUUGAGCUUUUCCGACAGCUCGUGUUCCUGCUCCAGCACGUGUUCCAACUGCAGCUGCUAUCUGAAUAAAUCUUAGUUUCCAAAGAACCAACGAUACCGAGAAAUUUUCAAAACUUGACAAUUUUUAAUACAAGAACUUGGGCGUUCUUGUAAGCGCGGCGCAGCGCGUCUGCGUUUUAAUUCAACUUAUUUAAAUGAAACGAAAUACACGCGUGUACAGGUGAUGGAAUACAGAAAUUAAUGACUAAUCGAGGACUUCAAGUGGAAACGUUUAAUCACGCAACGUAUCGAUCCUUAACCCUUUCUCCAAAAUACGCCUGCCAGGUAUAAUAAAUACUGCUGUUGUAUCCUGAAUUAAAUAUGUUUCGUAAACGCUUGGGAAACUGUACCUGAUUGUAUAGGAUAAAAAUAGGUGAGAGUUAGGUGAUCGAAUGGUAAGAGCAGUUAUAUUAUACAGAGUUAAUAUCCGUAAGAAUUCAUAGCAUUGUGCGAUACGCUGUCCGCGGCUAUUUCUACCCUGCCGGUCCACGUGCUAAGGGAGCAUCGCAAAAACAGCUGACAAGGCGACUAUUCUCGACUCGAUUGAAUGCAAUUCAUAAGCGAAGACAAGAUGUCAGGAUUUUACCGAAUCGAACCGAAUGAAAUCGAAUCGAAACAGUUAUACGAUACAUCGUAUUACCUACUUCCAUCGUAACGGUUUUCUCUAUUUAUAUCUUCGAUAUUGCCGUCGUUGCACUGGUAUGUACGAUCCAUCCCUAUGGACAUUGUAUACUUGACAUACAUUUUAAAAAUACUUUCUGGUUUAAAUUAAAUUCCACCUCGGGUGUACGCGCGUUAUUUGGCGAUCGGUAACGCGUAUUAUUUGGCCAUCUCGGGCGUACCAGACUCUUAUAAAUUCGUAGCCGAGGAUCGUUCCAUUCGAAGUACCGUUUUUAACGAUACCGACGAGAAGAGUUACGAGACCGCAGUUGCACACCUUUGCACGUGCUACCGGGAAAGCGCGGGAGUACUUGAAAUGUUUAGCUGAAGGAAAUCGUGCUAACACUGUGACCGUCACAGUAGAAAUAGCCGUGACUAGCACGGCUGACGGUAAUUCGAAUUAUCAAGGGUAUUAAAUAUUCAAUUUUCUAUUUUCAAUCCCUUCAUUUUCCAUGCCAUUUAAUUCAAUCAAUUAUCUUCUACCCCGUCACUGACAUUUUCUAUUUCAAAAUCAAUUCCCUUCUCUCGAUAUCUUACGAUUUGACAUUUUUGAAAAACAAACUGAUUAGCACUUCCGAAAAGAUUUGUAGAAUAUGUUUUGCUUACAUGUGAGAAUUUUCAGCGGAACGUUUCGCAAAUACGAGGAAUCGGUUAACGAUCAGUUCGCAAUGAACAGAACGCAGUACGAUUCGAUUUGUAAAAAAAAAUAAAAAGAAUGAAA